AUGCCGUCUCAGGGUAAUGCUCUUGCUGGGGAGUACUCCAUCCCUAAAUCGUUGAAGAAGGAGCUACAAAAGGAAUUUGAACGAGACAUGUCGAUUUCCGCUGAAGAAAUUCACAAUGAGAUGAAUCAAAACGAUUAUAAUCGACAGCGAUUUCAAACAAGGGUGGAUUUGAACUUUGAGGAUGAAGGGGGAAAGGCUGUAGAGGUAGGGGAAAAGGCUGUAGAGGUAGGGGAAAAGGCUGUAGAGGUAGGGGGAAAGGCUGUAGAGGUGGGGGAAAAGGGGCGGGAGAAGCUGGAAGCUGGUGACAAACAAGCAACUCAGGAAGGAUAUGGGUACGGGAAACGACGACUCGACUUGGACGAGACCUCGAAUUUCAAAAAGAGAAGGGAUGAAAUCAGCAAUCUACCAAAGGAUUUGACGCUAAUACAAAAGUUGAAAGAUGGAAAUGUACCGGUGAUAAACGGGGUGCCGUUGACUGACGAAGUUCUUACCAAGAUAUUGCCCUCAGGCUUUACCAAAAUUAUCCCCGCGCCAGCUGGCUUUGAAAAUAACCAAACUCGUCCCGAGUUGAGUUUAGCAGCUCCUGAAUAUUACUUACCACCAAUGGGUGAUUAUGCAAGUGCAAAUGUAAGUCUUAGUGCAUCAGCAGCUGCAGCUGCAACUGAAAUACCUGGGUUAAAAGGUCUCGAAUAUUUCAAAGACGAAGAUAUGAAAUACUUUGGAAACCUUUUGAAGAUCAAACCCGAGGAUCUUACUGAAGAAGAGCAAAAAGAAAUGCAAUCAAUGAAAUUGGUUCUCAAGGCAAAGAACGGCACGCAAAUAGUGCGCAAAAGAGCUAUGAGAGCGUUAACCGAAAAUGCAGUAAAGUUUGGACCAAAAAUUCUAUUAAGUCAAAUACUUCCUGUUUUACUAGAACCAACAUUAGGUGAACAAGAGCGUCACUUAUUGGUUAAAAUGGUGGGGCGGAUCAUGUUACGAUUGAAUGAAUCGAUUCGGCCUUAUACUCUGAAAAUCAUCCAUGUUCUAUCACCAUUCUUGAUUGAUGAAGAAUCUACAAUACGGAUGGAGACACGUGAAAUAAUAACAAGUUUAACCAAAGCGGUUGGCUUUGCUAAUAUGAUAUCAACACUAAGACCUGAUUUGGACCACGUUGAUGAGUAUGUGAGAAACUUAACCUCGAGAGUUCUUGCAAUAGUGGCCAACACAUUGGGACUAAACCAAUUUUUACCGUUUUUACAAGCAGUGGUAAAGUCAAAAAGGACUUGGACAGCAAGACAUACUGGUAUUAAAGUUGUGCAACAGUUAUGUUUAUUAUUGGGUAGUGGUAAUGGCUCAUCGUUGUUACCAUUUUUGUCCCAGAUUGUAAGGAUUAUUUUGCCAGCAAUAAACGAUGAAAUGCAACAAGUCAAGACUAUUACUGUGUUGACUUUGGCACAAUUGGCAGAGAGCGUUGCUCCAUAUGGUAUAGAUUCGUUUGAGCAAGCAUUGGAACCAUUGUGGUACGAAAUCAGGAGACAAAGAGGGCGAGGUUUAGCUGCCUUUUUAAAGUGUGUUGGAUCAUUGAUACCGUUGAUGAAGUUUGAUGCGAGGUAUGAGGAGUAUACAUAUUAUUAUACUAAGGAAGUCAUGUUUUUGAUAACAAAGCAGUUUGGAUCUCCGGAUGAGGAUAUGAGGAAAACCAUGCUUAAAGUUUUAACUAGACUACCAUUAUCAAAAGAAUUGAUACCUGAUUAUGAGUCCAGUUUGGUAAAGCCCUUUUUCAAGUCAUUUUGGAAUAGACGCACUGCUUCGGAUAAUCUGCAAAUUACUAAACUAGUAGUAGGAGCAACUAAUCACCUCGCUAGUAAAUUUGACUUUUUGUCGAUCUUGAAUAAUGUGGUUUAUUUUGCCAAGGACGACAAUGAGCAGUUAAGAAGACUUGCAAUUGAGGCUAUUAAUUUACUUGUUUCAACUAAUCCUGACGAGUUGGUUGGUAUGACAGAAGAUGAGGUUCGAGUAUUAGUUGAUGGUAUUUUGUUUGCAUUUCAGGAGCAAGCGAUUCAAAACAAGAUAUACCUUCAGACAUUUGCCUCUAUAUCUAAGGCCCUUGGCAUUAGAUUAAAGCCUCAUUUGAGUUUAAUCAUCAGCUCAGCACUUUACCGAAUUAAGAAUAAAACACCUGAAAUACGUCAACAAUCAAGUGACCUCAUUGCCAUAAUUGCCCCCGUGAUAAGAAAAUGCACCGGUGGAGAACAUGAAAACAAUGUUGUUGGUGAUGAUGAUAACUCACUAUUGGAAAAAUUGGUUUUAAUAUUAUACGAGGCAUUGGGAGAAGUUUACCCUGAAGUUUUGGGGUCAAUUAUAAAUGCUUUAUAUUCAUGUAUCAAUUCCUUGAGCAAAACAAAAUUAUUAACCAUGAACAAUCCAUCAGUAAACCAAAUCCUACCUACAUUAACCCCUAUUUUGAAAAAUCGACAUGAAAAGGUACAAGAAUCCAGUAUUAAAUUGAUUGGCCUUAUAGCGACCAAGAAUGCUGAGACAAUAAAUGCCAAAGAGUGGAUGAGGAUAUGUUUUGAUUUAUUGGAGAUGUUGAAAUCAACAAGAAAGAGAAUCCGUAUAGCUGCAAAUGCUACAUUUGGCUAUAUUGCAAAGACAAUUGGGCCUCAGGAUGUUAUAGUGAUGUUGUUGAAUAAUUUAAAAGUUCAGGAGCGUCAACUUCGAGUGUGUACAGCUGUGGCAAUGGGUAUAGUUGUGGAAAUAUGCCAGCCAUUCACUGUACUACCUGCUAUUAUGAAUGAAUAUAGAACGCCCGAGAAGAACGUUCAAAAUGGUGUUUUGAAAGCAUUGAGUUUCCUAUUUGAAUAUCUUGAUGGGAAGACUACAAUGGACUAUUUGUUUGCAAUUACUCCAUUAUUAGAAGAUGCUUUGAUUGACCGUGAUUUGGUUCAUAGACAAACGGCAGCUACUGUUGUAUUUCAUAUUGCAAUGAACUUGUAUGGGUUGAUUGAUAGUGAUUAUAGUGAUGUUUUCAUUCAUUUUUUAAACUUGAUCAUGCCCAAUAUAUACGAAACGUCACCUCAUGUUAUUUCAAGAAUCUUGGAAAGUUUAGACUCAUUGAGAUUGGUUUUGGGUAAUGGGAUAUUUAUGAACUAUAUAUGGGCAGGCUUAUUCCAUCCGGCGAGAAAAGUUAGGGAUCCGUUUUGGAAAGUGUUCAACAGCGCUUAUGUUCAAAGUGCCGAUUCAUUAGUGCCAUAUUACCCCCGAAUAGGACUCAUGGAGAAGGAUACCCAAUUUAAGUUGGAAGAGUUGGACUUGUGCUUGUAA